UCUCUCACACACACACACACACACACACACCAGCUUCUGUCUCUGCACUGAGGACACUCAGUGUGUGUGUGAGAGAGACACAACUUUUUUUCUGGAGCUGGAUCUUUGAAGCCUCCUCUCAUCCCCCUUCAGCCUCUCCUCCUGGGAAAACCAUGACGGACGCGGCGACCAGCAUGCGGCUGAAGCUGCCGAUCGCCUGCUUCAUCCUGCAGAUCAUCCUCAUCAUCCUCUUCGGCGUUCUGGUGCAGUACGACCACGAGACGGACGCCAAGGCAUGGCACAACCAGAGCCACUCCGAUUACGACAACGACUUCUACUUCCGCUACCCAAGUUUCCAGGACGUGCACGUGAUGAUCUUCAUCGGCUUCGGCUUCCUCAUGACCUUCCUGCAGCGCUACGGCUUCAGCAGCGUGGGCUUCAACUUCCUGGUGGCGGCCUUCUCCCUGCAGUGGGCCACGCUCAUGCAGGGCUUCUUCCACGGUAUGCACGGAGGCAAGAUCCACAUCGGGGUGGAGAGCAUGAUCAACGCCGAUUUCUGCACCGGCGCUGUGCUCAUCUCCUUCGGAGCCGUUCUGGGUAAGACCAGCCCCAUCCAGCUGCUGGUCAUGGCCAUUUUCGAGGUCACGCUGUUUGCCGUCAAUGAGUUCAUCCUGCUGUCCGCUCUCGGGGCUAAAGACGCAGGAGGCUCCAUGACCAUCCACACCUUUGGAGCCUACUUCGGCCUCAUGGUGACCCGAGUCCUGUACCGGCCCAACCUGAACAAGAGCAAACACAGGAACAGCUCGGUGUACCACUCUGACCUGUUCGCUAUGAUCGGUACCAUCUACCUGUGGAUAUUCUGGCCCAGCUUCAACUCUGCCGUCACGGCCCACGGAGACGACCAGCACCGCACGGCCAUGAACACCUACUACUCCCUGGCGGCCUGCACCCUGUCCACGUACGGCAUGUCCGCCCUCACGGCACACAACGGAAAGCUGGACAUGGUGCACAUCCAGAACGCCGCGCUGGCCGGCGGCGUCGCCGCGGGAACCGCCGGUGAAAUGAUGCUGACGCCGUACGGCUCCAUGAUCGUGGGCUUCCUGGCCGGCAUCGUCUCCGUUCUGGGCUUCAAGUUCCUCUCGCCCGUCCUGGAGGACAAGCUGAAGAUCCAGGACACCUGCGGGAUUCACAACCUGCACGGCAUGCCGGGCGUCCUGGGCGCCAUCGUGGGCGCCGUCACUGCCGCCGUGGCAACCACAGACGUCUAUGGGAAAGGCAUGGGAGACGUGUUCCCCGAUGUGGCGAGCGGCGACAUCGAGGCGUCCUUCCAGGGCGUGCGUCAGGUCAUCUCGCUCGCCGUGACCCUCGGCAUCGCCCUGCUGGGGGGGCUGAUCGUCGGGUUCAUCCUGAAGCUGCCCAUCUUCGGAGCUCCUCCAGACUCCAUCUGCUACGAGGACAGCAUCUACUGGGAGGUUCCGGGAGACGAGGAGGACCACGGCGAGCAGCUGACCGCCGUGACCUCCGCGGAGGUCGAGAAGCUCAACGCUUAGACACACACACACACACACACACUCACACACUCACACACUCACACACACACACACACACACUCACACACACUCACACACACACACACACACACACACACACACACACACUCAUUUGGUUGUAAGAAAAGAAGAAGAUAAUUCUCAUUUUAUACUCUGCAGAAAUAUAAAUGAAUCUUGCAGGUUAUUGCCAGCUGUGGCCACUAGAGGGCGACCUCGUGUCUUGUCACGCUGAGCUGCAGGCCUCGUGGGGGGCGGGGGGGUCUAGUUGUUUCUCCUAAACUGGGGCCUUGAAGCCGGUUUGAUAAACCAAAGACAAACAGACUCCAUUCAGUCGAUGAAAUAGAACAUUUACAAAUUAUGUUUUUUUAAUUUCCUUAACUCGGGAUUUUCAUCCAGAAACUAUGCAGAUGUUUUUAUUGUGUUUUAUCUCUUAUUAAACUGCGUGUUAUUACAUAAAAACAUCACAGUUGGUUCAGCCACGGACCUUUUUUUGUAUGAAUUGCUUGUUAUAGAUUUUUAAAAAUUAGAAUUUUUUGCCCGAAUAAAUUUGAUGAAAAUCUGAAUUUACAUUUUGAAACAAUAAUAAUAAACACUUUUUUUUUUUUUUGUGCAAAAUAAUUUACUGUUUUGUCCCAAUAGUUUAAAAUCAUAAUAUCGACAGAAAUAAACUUGUUAAGGAGUUGAAGGUCGUGAUGAGGUCACAGGUGUGCUUCAUUGGGGUCAAAGGUCGCAGGUGAUGUGAGGUAUGACAGGUGAUUCAUGCCCUCGAGGAGGUAUAUCACUUAAGUAUAAGAUUCAGCCGAGACUGAAAUGACAAAAAUCAAGUGAUGAAAUAUUAUUAUUUAUUUUUUAAAUAAUUCAAAACGACUUUUAGUUUGUCUUAAAAUUAUUAAAAUGACGAAGCAAAAAAGAAAACGAUACAUUUGAAACAAAAUUAGAGGAAAAAUGCAACAACAAAUGUUUAAUUUAAACAAGAAAUAGAACAAACACAUGAGACUUACUUCUGUUUGUUGUUUGUUUGUUUGUUUGUUUGUUUACACGGUUCAUAUUUCUCUGGAACCAAAAUAAAACUAUUUGAAGUGACGUGAGAGAGAACCCUGGAACAUGAAUAGUGCUGUACAUUCAUGGUUGAUGAAUAACUUCCAGGGAGAACAGCAACAAGAGGAAUUUAAAUCUUUCACAUUUCAUUGGACUGCUAAAAAGUGGGCGGAGUUACAACUCCACGUGAUUGGUUGCUGACACGUCAUAUUUUGAUCUACUGAUUGAAUCGAGAUGUAAAAAAAAAAGAAAUUAAUUCUUUGUUCAAUUUCUUAUUUUGCUUGGAUUUUAUGUAAAAAAAAUGAUUAUAAAGGACUUUUUAAAAAAUGUAAUCUUUACUUAAAAUGUCCCUUCAAUUAGAUAGAAAUCACGCUUUCACAAUAAGAGCAUGCCAACAAUUAGAUUUUUUAAUCUUCUCGUUAUUAGGUUAAAAAUCUGUAAAAAUGUUUUUUUUUAAAAAUAGAUAUAGAAACUCAAAUCAUUGGCAUCCUCCUCACUUAUUGGGAUUCAGGGAAAGUUAUUGAUUCCCGUCAACAUGCAUUUGAAUCUGUCGCCUGGUUCACACUCUUCAUGGUGAGGAAACAUGCAGAUUGUUUUCCUUUUCUUUCCCCUCAUUCUCUCAGUCUGUUAAUAUCUCCUCCAUUAGCAUACCUUAACGAUGCCCUGCCUCUGCGUGGCACUAAUCGCCCCUCAUACAGGCCCCUCGCCGGCGGCUGCAGGGCCCCCACUGUGUGACGCCACCUCAGCGUGAACGGGCGCCGCGGCCUCUUCCCAGGAAGCGGCCGCCUGGUGGCCAGCUGCUCCUGAAAGGCUCGGCCUGAAGGGGUUAAUGGAGCUUCGUCGGCUAAUUAAGAUGCAGAGAUAAAUAUCCGUGAUUAUGGUAAUUAUGAUUCUAUUGUCUCUCACGGCCUCCUGCAGACGAGCUGGUUGGCAUCAUAGCUGAAAAAUGCUGAGGCCCUGGAAUACAACAACUAAAGCCCUUUAGUGUGCGUGUGUGUGUGUGUGUGUGUGCGUGUGUGUGUGUCUUUAAUUGCAGAUGAAAUGUUAAUAGUUUUAAUUCCUGCUGCUGAUCCUCGGUUCCUCGCAGCUGAUGAAAGCCGAAGAACAAAGAGGAUUUUAUCUUUGACCACGUCAUAUUCAGAGGAUAAAAAAGAUUUUCUCUGAAACUCAAAAGCUCAAAUUCAAAGUUUACUUGUGUCUGUUAUCAAUAAAAACAACAACAACGAGGAGAAAACACUCA